UGGCUGUUGCCAUGGCUCCGGCAAGCCGGGGGAGCCCAAUGAGCGCUCUGCGGCGGUGCCGAGGGGACCAGCCAUUUUGCUUAUGGAAAACAAUGUGACAUAUUAUGCUGUGCUGUACCGGGGAAUAAACAAAAAUCCCGUCGGGGGACACAGCAGAAGCGGGCAUAUAAACUCUUGCAUGUGAAUUAAAUUAAUUUCUCGAGAGAAACUUUCAUAAAGGGCUAAAUCAACAAGGUCUACACAUACAGAAGUUUCUUACUUCUGCUGCACUUGAGACACAGCUAAACUCGUCUGUCUGGAAAUCUGAAGACUUUUAUAGCAAAACCUCCAGUGUCAAAAUGAACACAGCUAUUGAUAAUUAAUGGAGGUACAGACUUGCAUAUAGGCUUCUAUAUAUAAGAAUAGCGGUGGGUGUGCUCGCAAACGUGCUGCAAUGUCUGUCACAUUAACAGCUGUGAAGAGAGUUCAGAGUUCUCCAAACCUAUUGGCCUCAGUAUUGGAUAUUUCUUUUUCAGGGUCUGAUUCUCAGUCUCCAGAUUCAGCUUGGAGAUCUUACAAUAAUGGAAGUAGAGAGACACUGAAUGGAGACGCUAGCGGUUCAUCUCUUUCAGCAAAAGGUUUUAGGAGUGUGCGGCCAAAUCUACAGGAUAAAAAAUCACCAACUCAGGCACCUCUGCCACCCCCUAGAAAAGCAAGAGUAACUAAUCACAAGAAUGAAAUUAAUCUCCAGGCAGUAACAGCUGGUCCAGCUAAAUACCAUCCCACAGAUACUGCCUAUUACACUAAUGAGAAGUCUGUUCAGGAGACAAUGUCAUUUCAAAUAUCUAACACAAGUGUGUCCUAUGCACAAAAAAUCAUUAAACCACUGACCUCAAACUCCAGUGCAGGCACAAACACAGUAGCUGGUAUAAGUACUACUCUCCAUCAAGGCCAGAGGCAACAGUCUCAAAAACGUAAGGUAUCUACCCUGAAAUUAACCCGGACACGUGACCCAGCAAGUAGCAUUCAUUGUAAUUCACAGCAACAGCUCGAGCCUGUUGAAGAGCCAGUAUUUCCACAAAGGCCUGUCUCACCUGCCUGUAACCCCAUGCCUGAGAUACACACAGCAUCUCUUUCCAUUCAGAUAGCUUCCUCCCCUGACAAUAAAGCAGAGCCUGAAAUCCAAGAACAUCCACCUAGUAUUUCUCCAGACACUUCAGAGAUGUCUUCAAAGGAUUUGGGACAAAAGUCUACAGUUCUUCCUUCUUCACAGGCUGCAGAAUACCAUGUGCUUGGAAACCAGAAAGUAACUGCCCCCGUGAUGGAGGCUCAGAUCACAGUGAAUGGGAAUUCGGCACUGCUGCCAGCCCAGUGAGUCCACUUUCAAAGGCCUUUUUCCCCUUCUUCAGCUUACCCUCCACCAGCUUCGCUCAUUCCAACAUUGUUAUCAUGCAGCAUGGCAGGAUUGAUGGAGUCCACAGAGACAUACUCACAGCAUGUUCAGAAUGGUGGCAGCAGCACCACCACCAGUACAUACCAAUCUGUAGAACCUCAGAAGAGAAAAAAAAAAUCACAGUAAUUAAAG